GAGUGAAACAAAAAGUAUAGUAGAAGAAUAUAGAGUUAGUUUUACUAAUAAAUACACAAAGGUUAAGUGGAAAGUAGAAAAGAUUCCCUAAAACACUCACCACCUGUUGUCAUUCCCAAAAUCCAACCUUUUUACUCCUACUUUCCUCUAUAUUUCUUCCUUCUUCUUCUCCAAAAAAAAUUCUCCAUAAAAUUCUAAGCAAAACCCAUAAAUUUUCUUUGAUUUUUGAGUAUUAAUAACCAUGGAAGCUGUGUUCAAAACCCAGAGUUUGUUCUUGAAGUUAUGGGGUUUGUUGGCAGUUGUUCUUGCUGUAGCUGUGGCUGUAAAGGGGAAUUCAGAAGGGGAUGCUUUGUACGCCCUCCGCCGGAGCUUAUCUGACCCGGGUAACGUGUUACAGAGCUGGGAUCCAAAUCUUGUUAACCCUUGUACCUGGUUUCAUGUCACUUGCAACGGAGAUAAUCAAGUUACUCGUGUGGAUCUUGGGAACUCAAAGUUAUCUGGUCAUUUGGUACCUGAGCUCGGAAAGCUUGAACAUCUACAGUAUCUGGAGCUUUACAAAAAUAAUAUUCAGGGAACCAUCCCUAAGGAGCUCGGUAACUUGAAGAGCCUUAUUAGUCUGGAUCUGUACAACAACAAUAUUUCGGGGACAAUUCCUACUUCACUUGGAAACCUGAAAAACCUUGUUUUCUUGCGUCUAAAUGAUAACAAGCUAACAGGACCAAUCCCAAGAGAACUUACUAGCAUUUCUAGCCUGAAAGUUGUGGAUGUCUCGAAUAAUGAUUUGUGUGGAACAAUUCCUACUUCUGGUCCAUUUGAGCAUAUUCCUCUAAACAAUUUCGAGCACAAUCCUCGACUUGAAGGUCCGGAGUUGUUGGGACUCGCUACCUACGACACCAACUGCUCUUAGAAGCUUGAUGAAUAGCUUCAGAAGAAGCGCCACUUUAGUGGACGUUUAACAAAUUCCCCUGAACCUUGUUUAUUGGUGUACUUACAGUGUGUCCAAAGUUGUAACUCUAAGCAAAAAUAUGGUGUAUGUAGGUUAUUACUGAGUUAAGGUAUGUGUGUAAAACAAUCUCUAUACUGCUACCAACUGUUGAUGUAUUUCAUAUUUUAAUGUCUAGUGAAAUGGUUCAGUGGGAUUAAAAA